GUCCAAUCCAAGCGGCCGACGAAGAGGGGAGGGGGGGACUAGCCGGCUAGCGUGUGGACGGGUGCGGCUCUCGGCUCGCCACGCGGAGACGGCACGAGCCCCGAUGCCGCCGCCCCGCCGCGCCGGCGCGGGCGACACGAGCGCCUUCUUCGCGGCGACGCUGGUGCUGUGGGCCGUGUCGGUGGGGUUCGAGAUCGGCGCCCGGGGACGCCGCGAGCUGGCCGCCGUGGCCGCCGGCUUCGCCUUCUUCCAGGCCGCCAACACGGCCGUCCGCGCCGCGGUCUCCCGCGACCCGCUCUUCGUCAACACCGCCGUCUCGCUGCUCCACUCCUCCCUCACCUCCGCCUCAGUUAUCUUUGUUCUAUUGUGCCAAUGGCGUACCAAAGGCCUUGAGAACAUGUUUCAGCAUGAAGAAUUAGUUGGUAGCAGUUGGAUUGGAGCAUAUUCUGCUCUGUGCUUUUCAUGUGGCUACUUUGCUUAUGACCAAUUGGAUAUGCUCCGCUACCGGCUGUACAGUGGAUGGAUUCCUGGGAUUCUGAUGCAUCACCUUAUUCUGCUUAUUUGCUUUACGCUAGCUCUGUAUCGGAAUGUGACAAUCAACUACCUAAUUCUCACUCUUCUAUGCGAGAUGCACUCCAUAUUCUUGCACGUAAGGAAAUUGAGGAGAAUGGCUGGAUUCCGUGAUUUCAACAGAAAACUGGUGAAACUGGAAUGGGUACUCAACUGGACUACCUUUGUGACAGCAAGGGUGAUCUGCCACAUAUUGAUCACAUACAGACUGAUCACCGACGCACACAAGUUUGAUAAGGGCAUUGAGCUGCCACUAGCUCUUUCUGGUAUGGCGGGAAUGAAUGUGCUCAAUGUAUCUUUAGGGCUUGAUCUAUUUAAAGCAUUUGCGCGAGAGAGAAAUCAGCAGACGCAUCAGGACUGAAUGUUCUUGGCAGUGUAGUGUAAAUUUUGGUAAGGUUAUAGUCACACCAAUGUAAAUCAGAAGACAGAGGUAUGUUCUAAGUGUUGUUAGCCUCUAGACUGUGGUGACAACCCAUAUAUGUAACCUGUUAUGUAUGAUGAAUUUGUCUCGCCGAAAGAUUCUCUGGCUACGCCAGCAUUAGUGGAAUUACAUCAUGACUUACAUAGACAACCCGACCUGGAUCCACCAUUUGCACAGAUUUUUUAAAGUAGAAAGCAAAGGAAGUGUUUGUAUUGUUUAGCCCUUCACCUAAUGUACUAACAGAUGCUUAGGCGACUUUUUUGCAAGCCUUAAUUUCUUUUUGGCUUACUGUUUCUAUUUAAUGUUUCAUUGUGAAUGUUAUUUGUGCAUGGUUUUUGAUACUUAUUCUUCAACACAUUUCUUUCACUUGUGAGUUUUGUAGCACGGGAGGUAUGUACCUUGUAGCAGGGAAUGAAUGUGCUCAAUGUAUCUUUAGGGCUUGAUCUAUUUAAAGCAUUUGCGCGAGAGAGAAAUCAGCAGACGCAUCAGGACUGAAUGUUCUUGGCAGUGUAGUGUAAAUUUUGGUAAGGUUAUAGUCACACCAAUGUAAAUCAGAAGACAGAGGUAUGUUCUAAGUGUUGUUAGCCUCUAGACUGUGGUGACAACCCAUAUAUGUAACCUGUUAUGUAUGAUGAAUUUGUCUCGCCGAAAGAUUCUCUGGCUACGCCAGCAUUAGUGGAAUUACAUCAUGACUUACAUAGACAA